UAUGCACCAGGACUAAGCAACAGCUAAACUGUUGACUAAAUUGACUAGAACUGUAAAUUAACUGACUGGCAGAUAGAGGCUGGCUCCAAAAGGAAGUAAUUGCCAUAAACUCCCCAUGUUAAAAUGCCCAACUUUAAAACAGAAAAAAGACACAAUCUUAACAUAGUAGCUUUGUUUUCUGUCCCCUGGCCACAGAUUUAUGGUAACUUAGACUUAACACAAUGCACUAAAACCAAUAAUUUUAGUGUUUAUCAAAAUACAAAAUUAUUAUUAUUGUUUUUAUUAUUGACAUAAUAAAAUGUUCAUUCCGUCUUUAGAUGUAUCUGGUGUUGAUACAGAAGGACAGUCUGUGUUUGUGCUGGAAGGAGAUUCAGUCACUCUACACACUGAUGUUAAAUUAAACCGACAGGACAGAAUGAAAUGGUAUUUUAAUGACACUCGCAUCGCUCAAAUCAAAGGAGAUUUUGAUAAGGUCUGUACAGAUGUUAAGUGUGAUGAGAAAUUCAGAGACAGACUGAAGCUGGAUAAAACUGGAUCUCUGACCAUCACAGACAUUAAAACUACAGAUUCUGGAGUUUAUAAACUACAGACUAUCAGGAAAGGAAUCGGCCCAAAGAUCUUCCAUGUUGCUGUUCAUGGUGUUUCUGCUGCUAAACAGGAAGAAAUGAACAGAAAGGCGGUGAAGGAGGGAGAAACUUUGGUUUUAGAUCCUGGUGAAAUAAAAAACAACAAUUAUUUAAUAACAUGGCAUUUUAAUGACGAUCACAUCGCUGAAAUCACUGGAGAUCAGAUUAAGAUCUGUACAGAUGUUCAGUGUGAACCCGAUAAAGAGAGAUUCAGAGGCAGACUCAAGGUGAAUCAUGUGUCUGGAUCUCUGACCAUCACAGACACCAGGAUUACAGACUCUGGACGAUAUAAACUAAAGAUUGUCCACAGCAUCCGCCAUCGUCACAGCAUUAGCAUCAUCAGAAUCAGGAGAUUCAGCGUCACUGUCAUUGACAUUUAUAAUUUCACAGGUCCAUCUUCAGGUCUUAUUGCAGGAAUAUGUGCCGCUGUUGUUGUUGUUCUGCUGGUGUUUACAACCGUAACUUGUCGUUUCUGUUGCUGCAGGAGGUAAAUUAAGAUGGUGUUAUCACCCUUUUGUAGGGUCAAGGUGUUAAAUUGGUGGCAGAACCAAA